ACCAAGUUAGUGAGUGCGCAUACGACGACGGCGACGAUCGACGUCGAGCAGAACGAUCGUAGUCGUCAUUCUUGAUGUGAAACGCGAGCCUUAAUUUUAUUUACCGUGUCUUCGCGCACGAACAAUCCCUCCUAAAGCGGACCAAGGCGGCCAGCAGGUGAUCAGGGAAAGUUAUGAGGUCCUGCUUUAUACCUGUCAUCGUCGUUCUGAUCCUGACCGAGGUACCCGAUCGUAGCGACAGCAUUUCCCAUAAUAUAGUGAAAGGAUGGGCGCACAAACUGGGCUUCGAGCUGUCACAAUUAGGCAAAUUCGUGACGAAGGUGGAGAAGUUCAAAGACGGCUACAAGACGGCGGAUAUCACGCCACGUGACGGAAACGCUCUUGUUCACGAGAUUGCUAAGGACAUUAAGACUAUGAUGGAGUCCAAGAUCUCGGCUAUCAGAAGGAUAAUGGACGUGGCAGAAAUGUCGGCGUUGUCAUCACCCGACGUGGAUCCGCCGAAGUCCUUCGAGUUUAUCGACGCAAAGAAUAAUAGUAUCAACCUUGAGUAUAGUCCUCACUUCGGUGGUGAUGUGAACCUCAAUAUGUCAGCGGUGCACGUACCCACGAAUGUGUAUGAUCGCGCUUCGAAUGUCAUCCGAGCAAUUAAAUGGUCCGAGGAACUCGAUCGUACUUUCAUCAAUAAUUAUGAACAUGAUCCAUCAUUGUCCUGGCAAUACUUCGGCAGCGCGACUGGUUUCAUGCGUCAAUAUCCUGCCACGAAUUGGUUCGUAGAGUCAGUGGAUUUAUUCGACUGCAGGACGAGGAGCUGGUACAUUGAAGCAGCCACCAGUCCAAAGGAUAUUCUUAUUCUGAUGGACACGUCUGGUAGCAUGACUGGUAUACGACGAGAAAUUGCUAAGCACGUUAUAAAUAACAUCCUUGAUACCCUUGGUAACAAUGACUUCGUCAAUAUCAUUACAUUCUCUAAUGAAACUAAAGAGGUAGUAUCAUGUUUUGAUGGCACCUUGGUCCAGGCAAAUUUGGCAAACGUACGCGAGCUGAAGAGAGCUAUUUCGAAUCUCAAUACAGAGAGGAUCGCCAACUUUUCUCUGGCCUUGACGACUGCUUUUGAGUUACUUGAAACAUUCCGCAACGAGCGAGAAGGUGCAAGAUGCAAUCAGGCAAUCAUGCUAAUCACCGACGGUGUACCAUACAAUUACAAGGAUAUUUUUGAGGCAUAUAACUGGAAGGAUAAUCCAGAUGAGCCGUUGAAGGCCGAUAUGCCUGUUAGAGUAUUUACCUAUCUAAUCGGUCGAGAGGUUGCAGAUGUGCGGGAAGUGCAAUGGAUGGCUUGCGCCAAUAGAGGAUACUAUGUACAUUUGUGUACGCCGGCGGAAGUCAGAGAAGAGGUAUUGAAGUAUGUACCGGUGAUGGCGAGGCCCUUAGUGCUAGGUCGCACGGAUCAUCCUACUAUCUGGACACCCGUCUAUGCCGACGUGACUGAUCCAAAAAUGACCGAUUGGUUAUGGGAGCAACGCGAAAAUGACGAACAGAAAAAUCGCUUUUUGCUCUAUCAAAGAAAUAAGAAGUUUCUCAACUCAGAGGAACAGGAUCGGCGAUAUGUGAGCAAUCAGAAAUGGCGGUAUGAUCAGAUCGAUCAAACCAAAGAACUGCAGGAAUACAAACUAAUGACUUCGGUCAGCAUGCCAGUGUUUGAUCGACGUGAUAACGCGACAAUGAUCGCCAAUCUACUCGGUGUUGCCGGCACGGACGUACCAAUCGACGAAAUUGAGAAAUUUAUGAUUCCACACAUGCUCGGCGUCAACGGUUACGCUUUCAUUGUGACCAACAAUGGUUUCAUCCUGAUUCAUCCUGAUCUUCGACCAGUGUUUCAGGGUAUCUUAAAGCCAGCAUAUAAUAGCGUCGAUAUGGCGGAAGUUGAGCUAAUGGAUCACGAUACGGGCCCCAGAGACUUUGACGAAGGAAUCAAGAUGCUUCGCAACAAUGUGGUGAAUCAGAUGAAUGGUAGCGCGACGCUUUAUACAAAAUAUCAUUACGAUGACAUGAAACGUGUCGGCAGAGUAAAGAGAAAAUACGAUUACGCGGGAAUAAUGGACACUCCAUUUACGGUAGUGGUCAGUUUGCCUGAACACGAUCAUACUGGAAAUUAUCGCGUGCACGCUACCGAGGAGAUACAUCGAUCUCACGCUAAAGGUACACAUUUCAUUCUAGCGAACUAUCUUACAGCGACGAAUGAACUAUUGCAUCCUCAUUGGCUAUAUUGCAAGUAUCAUUACGAGGGUGAACAUAGGUUCAAUUCCUCGGAAUCACAGCUCUUACAUUUUCUGGAGCGUACCCGCCUACCAGGCUGGAAGUGGAUCGACAUGAAGCAACGAUCCAAACCGCCAGAACACUCCGCUACGAGUUCAAAUCACAGCUCCAAUCCUAAGCCCUACAAGGCCGAGAACAAGAAUUCAUACUUUUGUGACAGGAAUCUGCUGCUCAGUCUAGUAUACGAUGCUAAGGUAACCGAGUGGUUUGCCCAGCAAAUCCCACCAAAUCCCAGCAACAAGGAAUCAGGACCUUUAGCUAGGCUGAUGAAUCAGAUGACCAGGAAGCAGUUCAAACAACGCUUUGGGGUAGUUUUGGCGUUUAUGGCUACACAUAAUGGAUUGACCAGAUGGCAAGAUUUUCUUCGAGUAGAUGAGAAUAUGUCGCUGUCGGAGAAUCAUUUCAGUAAAUUGUACCCUCGUGCUAUCGACGAAGUAUGGUAUAAACGAGCGGUCGAGCAGUACUACAUAAAUGAGGAUAGUUUCGUUUUUUCCGUACCGCUCGAAGAUGAGGGUGCCAAUAACUCCACUUUAGUCACUGCCAGUCGUGCUGUAUUUAUUGAAAACGCGAAGGGGAAGGCGCCGGCCAUGGUGGUCGGCUUUCAAUUCCAGCACACUGCCUUGCAAACGCUUUUCCAGAACAUAACGUUUAACUGCGAUGGUAAUUGCCAUAAACACUGUGGCGAUGAAGUCUGGGCAUGCUAUCUCAUUGACAAUAACGGCUACAUAAUCGCCGCCGAGGACGAGACAGACGCUGGUAAAUUUUUUGGUGAUGUCAGAGGUCCGAUAAUGAGCAGCUUAGUUAAGGAUGGUGUCUUCGAGAAGAUAAGGAUCUUUGAUUAUCAAGCGGUGUGCUUCAAAAGUUCACAAACCAACAACGCCGGCAACAUUCUUCUUACUCCAUGGAAGCAUUUGCAGACAGCACUAUCGUGGAUGAUCGGUCAUGCUGCUUGGGCUUGGGCAAGAACGGGCAUAUUGGAUUAUGAAAACGCGGAAGCAUAUAACUAUGUUAGUGAUGACGAAUCAGCCGUUCACAGUGAUGAUCACGAAAGUGAGGAGAAACUUCCGCCAAUCACUGACAAAGACGAUAGAUUAAACUUUGAUGAAAAUAUUCUGAUCAAUCGUACACGCCCGGAAGUGUGCGAUCAAGAGAUAUACUUGUACCUGCGAAACGCUUCGUUUGACUCAUAUGACAUGGACAUAGAUUGCGAGCAUAGAUGGUACAUGGUACAGUCGGUGGCUUAUAGCAAUAUGCUGUUGGUGGUGGUAAAUACCAACUGUGGAGACACGACAUCACCGAUAUUGAGUGUCAAGCCCGAGGAGGUGAUCUACGAGAAUAAUACGUUGGUUUGUCAAAAGGCACUCACCGGUCUCAAGCGAAAACGGCCACAGUCUUGUAUACGUUCGAAUCCUCGCGAGAGCGACAUCAAGGAUCAGUGCGGUUUGGCGACAAGCGCCAAAACGAACUUGUUCCUCUUGAUGUUGUUGCUGAUAUGCGUACUGGCCGAAAAGAAUACCUUCCUCCUUGGUUAAAAUCGACCUGAUUUUGUAGUUAAUAAUUGGUGUCAAACUAAUUAACAAUGAAAUUCAUGAUAUGCCGCGAAUUGAAAUUUUCGCUUGAUGGAGCGUACUAUGUGGACAUCCAGUUGUCUUGUCCGACGAUCAGGAUUGCUACAUAACGCAUAUUUAAACUAUUUUCUAUUUAUUUGUUAAUUUCUGUAAUUAAUGAAUUUUUCUUGUACGAGUUAGGAUUCAUACAAUUAUAUUUAAUUUAAAAACAAAAGAAAAUCUGAGUAAAUGGAGAAUUUAGUAAGAGAGAAAUAAUGAAAGUAAACUAUAACUCUUUCUCUCUUUCCAAAAUAUCUUUUUUAGAUUAAACUUUUUUUAUUCUCUCUCCAAUACAUCAAUCCUGAUCAGGAGUACUUUGAGAUAUUUUGUGCUCUCUACCUCUCAUUACUGCGAUCUUGUUACUAUAAAUAUGAUCGAGUUCUAGACGAAUUAAUGUGCUAUUCCCAAUCUCUCUCCCUGCCUGGUACAUCCCGGUACAAUUUCUAUGCGAUCAAUCAAAUGUGGCGAACGCAAUUGAUAUCAAAAUGUGUGCUAAGAUACAAAAUUGUCCUCCAUCGUCAUUGAUCGUCAAAUCAGAUCAGAUAAUCAGAAUUAAAACGCUUAGCGUAGGAUCGUUCGCUAACACAUUUUCGAUCAUAAAAUAGAAAAAUAAAUGCGAUUCAGUAAAUGAUUUUUUUAAAUGCGUUUUAUCACAUUAAAGAAGAUUAAAUUAAAAAAAUCGAAAGAAGUCUGUCUUUUACAUUAAGUAUUCUACUUCGGAUAAAUUCUUAUCAAUUUUUAAUUUGUAUUCAUUUUUUUUUUUAAUAUUUUGCACUCGAAUUGAAAAUAAGCCAUUAGAUUCAAAACAAGAAAUAAAAAAAUAUACUACUAGGCAUCAUGAAUGUCUUAAUACACGAAGUUACAUACAUUUACGAUGUAUUUUUAUAUUGUUUAAGCAAUUAUGAUGCAAUUAUCUGGAUAUAAAACUGAAUAUGUCUCAAAUAUGCUUAACUGUCUGGCAUUUCUAGCAUUGAGUAUAUAAUGUCAAAAUAGUUUUUCAAGUACAUGCGAUAUUAUUAGAAGAAUUUGUUUUUUUUUUAAAGUCAGAAAAAUUUUGCUGAAUAUCAGGAUCCGUUCCGAAAAAAGUGUCUCAACUGACUUUGACACUUUCAUCAUAGAUAGGACAAUUGAAUGGUACAAGGAAGCUCCAAAUAUUCUGAGUCGAUCUAGUCAGUUUAAAUGCUAACUCAUUGAGAUGUAGAUUUUUCUAGACGUCGGAGCAGGGUUGCGUACUACGAUGUAUGUUCACAAAUACACUACGAUACACUCGCUUUGUAUAUUAUAAACUGAUAGCGACGCGGAGUGGCGACGCGUAGUUCAACAUCUACAGAACAUUACAAAACGUUAAUUUUGUAUAUCGCUGUAUUAUAUUGAGAUGUGUGUGUGUGUGUGU